AUCAACAAAUAAUUUUUAAAAAUUAAAUACUAAUUUCACUCGAAAUUCAAUCAAAAACGAGAUAAUUUUCUUCGGAAUCUUCUUUUUUUUUGUAAUGUUAAAAAAAUGCCUUCACCAUUGAAUACACCGACCAGUGAUCAAGAAUCUAAGUCAAUAUUCGAUUCGAUUGAAAAUCUUAGUCAAUUGAAAACAACAACAACAACAACGACAACGGCAAUGGGUAUCGAUCCAGAUAUUACAAGAAAUAAUAGUAUUUAUAGUUGUAAUAAAGAAUUCGAUAACGAUGAUAAAUCGUCAGUGAAAACAGCAGAGACAUCUAUUAGCGUUGAAAAUGAAAAUCUAUCAAUACCGUUGUACAAAGAGGAUGAUGAUGUAAUAUCGAUAAGAAAAUCGAAAAAUUCCAUAAAUCAUUCGAAAUUAUCAUCAACUAAUCACCAUCGACAACAACAAAAACAAAACGGUUCCACAAUGUCACUUGAAUCGACAACAUCAUUAUCGAAUUCCACAUUAUGUUCAUCCUCAACAAAUCUUACAUGUAGUUCGGAAUCGAAUCCAACUAAUAUACAAACCGAUAAUGAAAAUGAUGAUACAAAUUCAUCAUGGCGUAAUAAUUCGAUAAAAUAUCGUCGUGCACGACUCAAUUUAAAUCUUGUUCCAUUAAAGAAUUUAUCAUUACCACAAAUAUCACCAACGCCAACAACCGAUACAUCAUUCUUACCAGUUCGUAAUGGUUCAUCAUGUUCGACUGGUAGUGGUCAUCAUAAUGAUGAUAGUGGUGAUCAAAAUUUAUCAUCAAUAAAUAAUGGUCGUUCACGAUCAUCGGCAAAUGGAAAUCAUGGAAGUGAUUAUUUUAAUUUCUCAUUUCAUAAUCAUCAACAACAUUAUCAUUCCUAUCAAUCUUGCUCACAUCAUCAUCAUCACCAACAUCAUCAACAUCAACAAUAUUAUUCAUCAUCAUCAUCAUCAUCAACAUCGACAGGAUAUAUUUGUCCAACAACAACAGCCAUAUUGAUAAAACGUCCACCAUCACCAAAAUAUAAUCCAAGUAAAUUCGAACCAAUCGUUCAGCUAUCCAAUUAUCAAUCAUCACAAAUGAAUGAUACUAGUAAUAAUAAUAACAAUUAUAUUGAUCGUAAUAUUAAUAGCCGAUGGUGUUUGAAUUCUCAAGAUCAUAACAAUAACAUCAGUAAUCGAUUAUCAUCAUCAUCAUCUGUUUUGAAUGGUAAACAACAACAGCAAUUACGUUUCAAUUAUCAGGAUGCCAUACGAAUAGAUCCUAAUGUUGAUCUUGAACAUCAAUUCUGGUUUCACGGCUCGAUCAAUCAGAAAGAUUCGGAAAGAAUUUUAGCUAAACAUAAAAUUGGCUCAUAUCUAGUUCGCCGUUGGAAUAAUAUUUAUACAUUAUCAUUGAAAUCAAUUUUUGGUUACAUCCAUUUUCGUCUAUUUCAUUGCCAUCAUAAUGGUCAUCAUUGGUCAUUGGGUCAUGUUGAAUGUUCGAAAAUAGCAACUCUCAACAAGCAGCAACAUGAUCAUUUACAACAACAGGGUAUCGAUAUUAAUGAUAAUCAAUCAAUAAAAACAACAAAAUUCUAUGAACCAUGGAAACGAUCGACAUUGAUAAUGAUAAUUAGAUUCGACACAAUACCCCAAUUGAUUGAUUAUUAUACAAUACAUCGUUUACCAUUGAAUGGAUGUGAACAUAUGGCCUUAUUAUAUCCGAUUGAUGUUCAAUUGCUUUAAUUAUCCAAAUGAUCAUGACCACUGAUGAUUUUAAUCGAAAAACUAUCGCCUUUUUUAAAUUUUGAUUCAUCUUGAACCCUUUUCAUUUUAU